UUGGUCAGUCAGGCACAAUCAGUUCGUCGGUGCCGGUGCAAUGAAUAGUGUUAGAUUGCUCUGGUCGCUGCUGGUGGUUUUGGGUAUUGCUGUGGCUCAUACCCAGGCUCAGCAAACCGAUCAGAAAGACUGGUGGGAAACGGUGGUCUUCUAUCAGAUCUAUCCAAGAUCAUUCUACGACACCAGAGGUGAAGGAAUCGGAACCGUGAAAGGAGUUACCGCUAAGCUGCAGUACUUGAAGGACACCGGUUUCGACGCUACUUGGCUUAGUCCGAUUUUCGCCUCUCCUCAGGAAGACUUCGGAUAUGAUGUUAGUGACUUCAUGUUGGUUGAUCCGCUGUUCGGCACGAACGAAGAUCUUGAGGAACUGUUCGCAGAAGCGAAAAAACUCGGUAUCAAAAUUGUCCUAGAUUUUGUUCCUAAUCAUUCUAGCAAUCAACAUGAAUGGUUCUUGAAAUCCGAACUAAGAGAAGAUCCCUACACGAAUUAUUAUGUCUGGCAUGACGGAUUAACCAAUGAGACUGGAGGCCGUCCCUUAGUGCCCAACAACUGGCAAUCCGUCUUCUAUGGCUCCGCAUGGGAAUGGAGCUCCACCCGGCAGCAGUAUUAUCUGCACCAAUUUGCCGUUGGGCAACCAGAUUUGAACUACCGCAAUGAAUUGGUAAUCGAAGAACUCGAUCGCAUACUUCUUUACUGGAUGAGCAAGGGUGCUUCCGGAUUUAGGAUCGAUGCAAUCAAUCACAUGUUCGAAGUCGCAGAUUUCCGAAACGAACCGCUCACAGGAAACACAGACCCUGAUAGCUACGGCUACACUCAUCACAUUUACACCAAAGAUCUACCAGAAACAUAUGAAGUGAUAGCGCACUGGCGACAGUUGAUUGAUGACUACGUUAAGGAGAACAACUUGGAGACGGUAAUCAUGAUGACGGAGGCAUACGCAAAUCUUACUAUGACAAUGCGGUACUACGAAUCGGAAGAUGGGACGCAACAGCGGGCGCACUUUCCCUUCAAUUUUGCAAUGAUCGAAGAUCUGAAUCAAGAUUCAACAGCAUCCUACUUCAAAUUUAUCGUCGACCGAUGGCUGGAGAAUAUGCCUCGCGGCAAAGUCACUAACUGGGUGUUGGGAAACCAUGAUAAACCUCGCAUUGCCAGUCGAUAUGGACGCGAACGUGUUGAGGGCAUGGCGUUGCUGUUGAUGACCCUACCUGGAGUUGCUGUCGUUUAUAAUGGGGAAGAAAUUGGCAUGGAAGAUUUCAGGGACAUGUCUUACGAGGACAGCCGAGAUCCGCAAGGGUGUAACCUGGGAGAAGAAGGUUACAAAUCGGCUUCUAGAGAUCCUCAGCGUACUCCUUUCCAAUGGGACGAUACUUACAAUGCUGGCUUUUCUAACGCCUCUAAAACAUGGCUUCCGGUGCAUCCCCUGUACAGACAAACCAACCUGCUGAAACAGCAGGAAGCUGAUUACAGCACCUAUAAAUUCUACAUUGACAUCCUGAAACUGCACAAAGAACGUGUUUUCACUCACGGUGAAUUUGCUUCGCGUGCGUUCAAUGAUAACGUAUUUGGUAUCUCUAGGUUCAUACGCGAGGACGAGGAUCGAUCGUUUGACCCGUACAGAGUGGUAGUGAUUAAUUUUGCCAGCAGCUCGUAUGAAAUCAAUGUAAAAGAACUUUACCGUUUCGCUGGCGAUAUGGCCACGGUGCAUCUCGUUGGCUCAGACUCACGCCACAGCGUGGACGAUUCCGUUAACACUACCAGCCUAAUGCUAGGACCAUACGAAUCCAUCGUACUCGGAAGCGCCAGCGCUGCGAUGGCUGUCAAAAUAUCUUUCCUGUUACUGGUCGUAGCUCUACUAAAAUCGAUUUUGCUGUAGUUAACUUACAAUUUCAUCACAAAUAUUAGCUCGUAGGUACAUUUAUAAUAUCGAGUUAGUUUAUCAAAAGAGUCAAAAGAGUAAGCCUUAUUUCAAAGGAAAAAAAUAUUUUGGAAUCAUGUUCCAAGGACACCGAAAACAUUGAAAGUUACACUCUGAAAACAAAACCAACAUUUUUUUAAAUAUCACUCAACAAUUCUAUGGAAUCGUAUUGAAGAAUAUUUUGUAGAACCAACGUUCAAUUAUUUUAGUUUUCGUCCAAAUGCAACUCUGCAUAUCCAUAUUUAUAAAUAUAGACAGCUGGAAUCUAUAGUAUAGUCAAUGUCUACAGAUUUAGUGGAGACCAGUUUGAUACCCAAAAAAGACAGUUAUUUGUGGUAAAUAUUCCUACAUGUGUCAGUGGUGCUUAAAUUCAUUAUAUUUUACGGAAAAAAAUGAUUAUAUAUUACGUAAAAAUAUAAUCAUUUUCGCUUUAUCGUUUCUACGUGAAAAAAUAUUUAUAUUUUAGGUAAAAAAAGUGAAUGUUGAUGAGUUAUUUCUCCAUGUAGGGUCGUUAAAAUGAUCAGAUUUCAUUGAUUUAACCACAGAUAAACAAAUGCAACGCUGUGAGAAUAUACUAGUGAUACUCAGAGAGAGAGAGAGAGAGGGGGAGAGAGACGAUAAAAAAUCCGCAAAUUUGGCAACUGGGUUCCAAAUGUCAAAGGUGACAGAUCUCUUCUCAAAGCGCAAUGUUAACUUUCUCGAUCGACUUGUAGAUUCGGUGGUAACGAUAGAAGUCCUGAGAAAUAACAAAGUGCACCGCGAUAUCCGUGAAGGAGGUAAAUUUUAUGUUAUGUUUAGUUUUAUAUACUUUUACCCAAUUGAUCAUUAUUUUGUUGACUAUACAAAAGGUUUGUGCACCUCCGGUUUAAAAACAUUGGAAUAAUGUAAUUUUGUAUCAUUCUUAAUUCACUGUUUAGCAAUAUA